AUGUCUUCGGUUAACAAUCUAGCCAGUCCUCUGGUCCUCCUGCUCGUCGCCACCUCGGUCCUCGGCGACAUGGAUGCGUCGGAGGAGUCGAGGAUUAUUGGAGGCCAGUUCGCUGCUCCUGGGCAGUUUCCCCACCAGGUGUCCCUCCAGUUGAACGGACGCCACCACUGCGGUGGCUCGCUGAUUUCGGAGACCAUGAUCGUGACCGCCGCCCACUGCACGGUGGGUCAGAAUCCGGGCCAGAUGAAGGCCAUCGUGGGCACCAACGACUUGGCAGCUGGGAAUGGCCAGACCUUCGGCAUCGCCCAGUUCCUGAUCCACCCGCAGUACAAUCCGCAGAGCCAGGACUUCGACAUGUCGCUGAUUCGGCUGAGCAGCCCGGUGCCCUUGGGCGGACCGGUGGCCACCAUCCAGCUGGCCGACUCGGACUCCAACUACGCGGCGGACACGAUGGCCGUGAUCAGCGGCUUCGGCGCCAUCAACCCGAACCUGCAGCUGCCCAACCGCCUCAAGUUCGCCCAGGUGCAGCUGUGGAGCCGGGACUACUGCAACUCGCAGAACAUUCCCGGGCUCACCGAUCGCAUGGUCUGCGCAGGACACCCCAGUGGCCAAGUGAGCUCCUGCCAAGGCGACUCCGGCGGUCCGCUGACCGUCGAUGGCAAGCUCUUCGGCGUCGUCUCCUGGGGAUUCGGCUGCGGGGCCAAGGGUCGUCCGGCCAUGUACACCUAUGUGGGUGCCCUGAGGUCCUGGAUCAAGCAGAACGCCAACGUGUAA